UUUCUCGCCGUUGGCACUUUUCAACUCCUCCAAGAUGGACGAAAUCUUGCAGGCGACGUACUUCACGAGCAUGAUCGCGAGUAAGACGAACGCAGCACUCUCGGCCGACAGUCGCGCUGCCAUCGACGACAUCCAAUCGUACUGCCAUGAGCUCAAGUGCUGCAAGCGUCCCACCAAGUUUGUCAAAUGCUUGAAGGACCUGUUCUUGUUCGAGAUGUUGUUGGGUCUCCUCGACAGCCUCUUGCUCGAACCAUCCGUUCCUGUCGUGGCCUCGGCACCGCCCGAGAUCACCAAGGCUCCAAAUCGAAUGGUCCAGCGGAAAACUGCCGACGGACAAAACCUGUGGAAACCAUUCUACUUGGAUGACGAGCCCGGACGACGACCUCCAACGUCAACCCCGUCAAGCAAGACGUUGCCAAAAUCGUGCCACACGGAGCUUGCCACCCAAGUGUUGCAGCUGUGGUUGGCGCUUGUUCAAGCGUGCACGACGUUGAGUGUACCGGCAGUGUACUUUGACGACAUCAAGCAUCACAUCCUGCACCCGCGCUUCUCCCUCAUCUUUGAACGGUGGCUUUACAACCCAACGGCAGCCCAUGUGUCGCUCCAUGUGGACCUCUGCGCCGCCCUCGUCGCGAUCAUCGUGUACCUGCACAACCAUCCGUUCUUCGACGCGUCGUGCUUUCUCCAAGCGGUCACAGCCAACAAGACAAUUCCCAUUCGAACGUGCUUGAGCUCGUUCUUCGAGGUCGUGUCUUCGUUCCCGCCGCACCACACCAUCCACAAGACGUUUGCAAACUCAUGCUGCCUCGAGAUCAAGUUUGUUCGGCCCGACGACCUCCAGCCCACACCCGCCCCCAUUGGCACGUACCAGCAAACGAUGGACGCGCUCAAGUUUGGCUCGUACGCGUUCGAUGAGUCGUACUUUAAGACUGUGACGUCGAAACCGCCUUCCAAUCGAGUCGUCGUCCCUGGCGCCAUGCGCCGCUUGAACCAAGAGCUGGCCGCGUUGCCGGACAACCUGCCGUUGCAUGAAGGCUCGAUGAUCGCCUUGCGCGUAGACGAAGAGCACCCGCACAAGCUGUCGGUGCUCAUCACCGGGCCCAGCAAGACGCCGUACGACUCGGGGUGCUUCCACUUCCUCCUCGUCGUGCCGGACACGUACCCGCAAGCCCCUCCAACCGUCAAGUUCAUGACUACUGGCGGCGGAUCCGUCCGAUUCAGUCCAAACUUGUACAAUUGCGGCAAAGUAUGUCUGUCGCUGCUGGGCACGUGGACUGGCGACCCGUGGAACCCGGUCACGUCGACGAUAUUGCAAGUGCUCGUGUCAAUCCAAGGUGCGAUUCUCGGCGCCGAGCUGCCAUACUACAACGAACCUGGUCGGGAGCGGCAGUGGAGCGGCGCGGUCGCCCAACUUCCGCGUGAUGUCCGCGUCAACGAGAACGGCGGCCUUGAGCCGCUUCGCCUGGCCACCGUCCGGUUCGCGUGGACAAUGGCGAUGAAGCAGCCGGCGCUGGGCUUUGAGUCUCUCGUGCUCGAACACUUUUGGCUCAAACGGCAUUAUGUGCUGGGAACGAUGAAGCUGUGGCUCGAAGAAGCGCGCGCGUCCGACACCCCCAACUAUUACGACGACAUGUGCCGCCGUGUCGGCGAGUGUUUGGACGAGCUCACGCCCCUGGUCGAAGUGCGCGCCACCAAAUUGGAACUGGCCAUGUACCACGAAGCGACGGCGCCACUCAAAGCGCGGUUCCCCGUCGUGUUGUGUUGAGCUUUUUUGAAUAAAUAAUAUUACAUGAUUGCAUACCU